AUGGACAACUCAAAGAACCCUCAUGUCAUCGUCAUCGGCGCAGGUAUCGUCGGUGCUUCUAUCGCAUGGCAUUUGGCCAAGCACACAAAGGUGACCAUCAUCGCCGAAGACAUCGGCGGCCCUGCCAGUUCAGCUUCCUUUGCCUGGCUCAACGCCAGUUCGGCCAGUGACAAAUCUUAUUACGAAUUCCGUGUCCGGUCGCUGAAGAGAUGGAAAGCAAUGAAACAUGAACUGCCUGGUCUGCCCAUCACCUGGAAUGGAUCAGUCAAUUGGCACAAACCUGCAGAGACUUUGAUUAAAAAACAUAACAGCUUGGAAAGUUGGGGUUAUGGUGUAAAGCGCAUGUCAGUAGAUGAUAUACAGUCUCAAGAGCCAGGGAUUGGGUCUGCAAGUCUUCCUGAAUGGGGCCUUUGCUAUACUGAGGAGGGAGCAAUCGAAGCACACUUGGCUGCCCGACAGAUGGUAGCCGACGCAGAAGCGAAAACCAGUACCAAGAUCAUCAAAGGCACCGCGAAGACCUUUCUCAAAAGCCAUGGCCAAGUUACUGGGGUGGUAUUGACCUCCGGAGAAGAGGUGCAUGGCGAUCAUGUCGUUAUCGCAGCUGGUUUAGGCAGCGUGCCUCUUCUCGCGACCGAAAAUAUCAACCUACCAGUUCACUCUGUACCAGCCUUGAUCGUCAACUCAAAGCCUGUACAAGACCAGCUUCUUCAUAGUCUCAUUAACUCGAAGUAUCUCUACAUGCGUCAAACCAAGGACGGCGUUAUCAGAGCGGGUUGCGAGAACCCGGGUGACGACCCAGGCGAUGAUCCUAAGCAAACUGCACGAGAGGUGUUUAAGGAGCUACAGAAAACUCUGAUCGGAGGCGAAAAGCUUGAGUUCGAUCAUUUUACAGUUGGCAAUAAACCUACACCAGAAGAUGGAAUGCCGAUUAUAGGACCGACGGGCCUUGAUAAUGUCAGUGUGGCAGUCAUGCACUCUGGUGUCACAAAUGCAGCUAUCGUUGGGGAAUUAGUGAGCAAGCAGAUUCUGACCAGAGAGACAGAUCCAGCUCUUGUUCAGUUCCGCCUUGAUCGGUUCACUACUUGA